AUGGCGUACAUUACGCGGUGCGUCCGCGCUCAGAUGGAGGGAAAUGAUCAGCCUCAGCCGCAGCAUCCCAUACUUCCCCUUGUGCGACAGCCACUGCCCCCCGCCUGGAAGUUCUCGGAGGACGACGAGCCGGCGGAGUGCUCCAUUUGCCUGGAAGAGUUCGAGGCAGGCGUGGACGUCCGGCGGCUGGGAACAUGUUGGCACCUCUUCCACUUGAUCUGCAUAGAUCAGUGGCUUGAAGGUCAGUCAACAUGCCCUAUGUGCAGAGGGAUUGCCCUUUGA